AUUAAUACAAAGAUUAUUUUCUAAUUUGCCUUAAUGAACGAGGGUUUAUCCUACAUUGUAGAGCUCGCUGUUUUGAACCCGACCGCACGGACGGAUUGAGAAUCGGACUUACUGGGCCCAAGGUAACGACUUCCAAAUAAGGUAAUUGGGCCUAAAUUUAUUCUAAAUGGUUAGAAAGUGUAAACUAGACCUUAAAAUUUAAUUAAAUUUAUAUUAAAUAUGACGGGGGAGUUACGAGACUUAGCACGUUUCGGUGUUUCACCUUUUUCGCCUUUCUUGUUCGCCGUUCGUCUGCUAGGGAGAGCCAGGAGCCGUAGCAGUCACCGGGAACUCCACCGCCGUCGCCAUCAUCGCCCAACAUCCUUGUUCCCGUCGCGCAGCAGUCCGGUGGUCCCCCAGGGAGUUGCAGUGGCAAAUCCUUCUCCUCUCUCUUUGGUUCAAUUCCGUCGAAAUUCAAGGUAGACACAUAGGCUUGGAUGGGCAACCCGGAGGGCGAUGAAGUGGUGAUGUGGCAUGGAUGGCUCUCAUUUACUUUGAAAUAAU